AUGAGCUUCAAUCGCACGGAGAGCGACUGGCAGGGGCUGGUGGGCGAGUAUCUCAUAUGUAAAAGAAAGCUAGAAAGUAAAAAGGAAGCAUUGCUGAUACUUUCCAAGGAACUGGACACAUGUCAACAGGAGAGAGACCAGUACAAGCUUAUGGCCAAUCAGCUGCGGGAACGUCACCAGUCACUGAAAAAGAAAUACCGGGAGCUGAUUGAUGGGGAUCCCUCUCUUCCUCCUGAAAAAAGGAAACAGGCUAAUCUUGCCCAACUAUUGAGUGAUUCUCGGGAUCGAAAUAAGCAUCUGGGAGAAGAAAUUAAACAACUUCAACAAAGACUGGGAGAAGUACAAGGAGACAACAAGCUCCUUAGAAUGACAAUAGCAAAACAAAGACUUGGAGAUGAAGAAGUUGGGGCGCGCCACUUUGCAGCACACGAGCGUGAAGACCUUGUUCAGCAGCUGGAGAAAGCACGAGAACAAAUUGAGACUCUGGAACAUGAUCUUCAAGCCGCGUUGGAUGAGCUGCAGGAUGUAAAGGAAGAACGCUCUUCUUAUCAAGAUAAAACAGACCGACUCAACCAAGAGCUUAAUCACAUCCUGGGAGGACAUGAAAAUCGCAUCAUUGAUGUAGAUGCCCUGUGUAUGGAAAACAAAUACCUUCAAGAGAGAUUAAAGCAACUUCAAGAGGAGGUCAACCUUCUUAAAUCUAAUAUUUCUAAGUACAAGAAUGCUCUAGAGAGACGGAAAAAUUCAAAGAUUCACAGUAGAUCCAGCAGCAGUGCACUGACUGGAGUCCUUUCUGCAAAGCAAGUCCAAGAGUUGUUAUCGGAGGACCAUGGUUGUAGCCUACCCGCCACGCCGCAGUCCAUUUCAGAUCUCAAAUCUUUGGCUACUGCCUUGCUGGAGACUAUCCAUGAGAAAAACAUGGUCAUACAACACCAAAGGCAAACCAACAAAAUUCUAGGUAAUCGGGUGGCAGAAUUAGAGAAGAAGCUGAGAACUUUGGAAAUUUCUGGUUUGUGGAGUCUUCCAGGCCUGAGCUACAAUGUCUCAGUGGGAUUUGGGAGUGGAAAAGAUACCAUAACAUUCAGUGACCCAACCCUGCCUGUUCUACAGAGGUCAAGAUCGCCAUUGCUAACAUUUGCUGACAAGCCACAACAGAAUCAAGCACAGAGGCAUGAAGCAAAACAGAAUGGAAAACAAGAUGAAAUUUAUGCUGUUUCAACAGAGUUGACAGUUCCAGAGGAAGCUGCUACGGUCUACGACAAUUCCCAAGCAAACAUAAAUAACAGUAACCAAACUAAGCCUUUUCAUCCCUCAUUACCCAAGUUUCCUUCUGAGGAGGAAGAAAUAAACAGUCUUGGAAGUAAAAUAAUUAAAUUGACAGAAGAACAGGCAGCUGCAGAACUGGAAGGGAGCAGAACAGAAAGUCUACCGGAGGGCCGGAGUACAAUGGACCAAUCCGAACUUAGCAGCUCAUCCAAGGAAGAGUCCCCCUUAUCCAGCCCUGACCCAUUUGACCCUGCGGAGCCAUCAAACUCCAAGAAUGAGCAUGCAGCUGAAAAUUGGGUCCUGAAAGACCGUGAGGCAAUCUCAGAGAAUGAAUGUGAAAAUGUAAGUAAGAGAAAGGGUGGAAAUGGCAACACACUGGACGCUGAAGACACAGAAGGAUGUGGAGAACUAACUGUUUCAACCUCUGACUUGAGCAACAUCUCCAGUAAUCCCCCUGAACCUGAGUGUGACAAAUCAUCUGAUCCUUCUGAAUGCUCUGAAUAUUUGGAUAACAGCAUGGCUUGUGGUAUGAAAUCCAAGAUCUCAAGCUUCUCCCUUUCAUCCUCUUACAGUGGAAGCUGUACUGCCAUGAAUACGGAUAGUCACCAAAUUAAUCUGCCAUAGAAUUGGGUUUUUUACAUCGGUCUGUCAGCAUUUGUCCAUUAAAAAGAUGUUUUUCUAUUAACAUUGACUGUGCUUAACCAAAAUAAUGUAAAUAUAUAAAAUGGAUAGGACUUGAAAAUGAUGGGGGCCAGGG